AUGUCGGCCUGGAAGCUCGUCAUGGCUUUGGUGCCAUACAUGGCCCUUGCUGCAACGUCCUUGUAUCGGCCGGAAAAUAUUUCUUUUGAUUCGAAUCUGGACAAACUGCCCACUCUCUUCAACUUGACGGCCUCUCUUACAGCGGCACAAGAGCCCACCAGCGACUCCUUUUGGACCUCAACCUUCGCAACGGACACCAAUGGGCACACCUAUUUUGUGAUCACGCACAUGAUAGGCAGUCGCACCGUCAUCACCCGCAGCGCAUUCCUUGACCUGGAAACACACGUGUAUUCCCAAAUCCAGAACAUCAGCCACAAUGUGACCACCUACAACCCCACAACGGGAUUUUUGGACGCGCACCCCACCGGCUUUUACAUCGCCGCCCUCAAUGACGGCGAGAAGCUCUCUGGAUUGCAUGUGGAAAGCAAUGUGCCGGUCACCCUCGACCCGGCAAAGUCCAUUUCCUGGUUCGAUAGGCAAUGGGGCCCGUCCCUGCAGCCAGUAAACACGGCAACGACCCCGACUUCUGGCUCAUGGCAUUGGAUCCAAUUGCACAUCCAAGGCAGCCCGCUUGAUGUGCCUCUGUCUGGUUGGGUCGUCGACUACAAAGACCGCCCCCCUGUCCAAUUUGCGACAAUCCGGGAGGCUCCUGGCAUCCAAAGAUAUCUUCCCGUUGCUUCUUUGGUUCCGGGUGGUCGCACGUGGACGUCACCGUAUACCAACAUCACCUACGACCUGAACUAUACGCUUACCUUGCAAGAUGGAAGCGUUUUCCACCUUGAAGUAGUCGCGGAUGACCAGGAGAUGCACAGUACUAACGGGGCGUCGCCGGUAUAUGAAGGCUAUCUUGAUUUUCAUGGAAUUUACAAGGGAGCUCGAAUCUCUGGGUACGGUCUUGUGGAGAUUGUGACCGGAUUCACUGUCAGCUAA